AACGCCGAGACCGAGACCGAGCCCGAGCCUAACGAAUGAGAGGAUAAAAGGAUAAAAGGAGAAUACGAUAUAUUAUGCACUUGCAUAACAAGGUCUCGACAGCACAUAAGGGUUUCAAAUGCAUGAAAUACGGAGGUCCGUACCGUACCGUUGUUCUUGAAUCUUAACUUAAUAACGACGCCACAUUAAUAACCUUUUUGGACAAACCUUGGAAUGAUCCGAUGGUCUUGUUUCCCUUUUGGGCUGGCCGAUAAUUCUGACGACCUCGGGACAUACCUACUGUAUAGCAUUGAUUACUAAUCAUGAUCGCGAUUACUCAUCAUGUUUUCCUAUUUUGUACCGCAUCGUGAUUUACUUUCUGUUAAGCUUCAUUGUUGAAUGUUCAAUAUCCAUCCCCUUAUUGCAGCAAGGAAGGCUUGAAACCUUGGCGUAUGGUUAUAGUCUCAACAGAAGUCUAAUCUGAGCUCACGAGUCACAUUUGAGAUGAUUAACUUCGCCGUUCCUCUUGUGGAAAGUUCUGGCUUGAACAUGGGUUAAAUGACAUGACAUAUCCAUCAUGGGAAGGGAUUUCUGACAAUUUAGGUCUGACUUUGGUAUGAUUGGAGAUAUGAGAUGUGGAGUUGAGAAGCCAUGAUUAUCGCAGAUGCGGGGUUGAGACAUACCUCUAUAUACCUAGUAGGUAUUCAACAGAAUUCUGUUGACACAAAACCAGCCAGAGCGAAUAUACUCAACUCUUUCACUCGUUGUAUCCCUCCUAUCUUUACUCGCAAAACAUCACCCCAUCAUGUCUGAAACUACACCAGAACUCAAAACCUACAAUGGAAACUGCCAUUGUGGUGCAUUCAAAUUCACAAUCAAGAUGCCUGAAAUAACUGCUGCUACUCAAUGCAACUGCAGCAUCUGUUUCAAAAAAGGAUAUCGAUGGGUAUUUCCUGGUGAGGGUUGCUUCGAGAUUAUCAAGGGAGAAGGAACUUUGAAAGAGUAUCAUUUUGGACAACGUACAAUGGCUCAUAGGUUUUGUCCAACGUGCGGAUCAAAUGUACAAGGAUUCCGCUACAACACUCCAGCGGGAAGAGAUAUUGGUAUCAAUGUCAAUUGUCUCCAAGAUAUGGACCAAUGGUCACUGGAAAUUAAUAAAUAUGAUGGUCUUGAUCGUGAACCACAGUAUGUGGCAGUUAAAUACACUGGUGAAUUACCAUCAGCCAAGUUCGAAACCGAAAAGCUUUAUACUGGUGGUUGUCAUUGUGGUGCAAUAACUAUCGCAUUCAAGACUCAAGCUCCAUUACCUAAGCGUCACGAACAUAUACAGGAGUGUAACUGUAGCAUCUGUUGUCGACUCGGCAUCACUGUCUGUUAUCCCAGGCGAGACCAAGUAUCUGUUUCGGGCAUCUCGAACAUGACCGAAUACUCAUUUGGUCAGGGUUAUAACAUAUUUCGGUUCUGCUCAACUUGCGGUGUUACUGUCGAUAUUGAAAAAGACAUGGCUGCAGUGUCUAGAUCUCCUAAAACUUGGGAAUUGUUGACACCAGCACAACGGGAAAGAUGGCCAACUAUUCAUUCAAUUAACUUGAGAUGCUUUGAGGGAGUUGAGUGGGAUGAUAUCAAUAUCUAUAAGGCGAACACUAAAGCGAUAGAUCCGCAAUAUGUUGUUCCGGAAUAA